AUGUUUAAACGAGCUAUCAGCUUAUUGAGUUGUUUUGCAGCAGGUGUAUUUUUAGCAACAUGUUUUUUAGAUUUAUUGCCUGGUGUUCGGCGUACAAUGGUCCAUGUGUUAUAUCGAUUAGAUAUCUACACUGGAUUUCCCAUGUCAGAAUUUGUCAUGGUGUUUGGAUUUUUUCUGAUAUUGAUUGUAGAACAGAUAGUAUUAACUUACAAAGAAGGUAAAUUAUCUCAAUCUCAACAAAAUGUAAACGAUGUGAACAAGCCCUUAUUAAACAAUGAAACAGAAGAAGACCUCCAAAGCCAACAUUCCUUGACUGGAAUACGAGAUGACGAUUCUCAUUCUCAUUCUGGACACAGUUAUGACAUUCCCCAUUCCUCUCUUCGUUCCGUCAUCUUAUUAAUUGCUUUAUCUAUGCAUUCUGUUUUCGAGGGACUUGCAGUUGGACUUCAGAAAACUUCUGGAGACGUUAUAGGAAUAUUCUCAGCUCUUAUUCUCCACAAAAGUAUCCUUGGAUUCAGUUUAGGAUUGAAUCUAGUCCAGAGUAAACUUUCUCAGGGUGUUGUUAUGCGAUCUGUGUUAAUAUUUUCCGUGUCUGCUCCACUCGGUGUUGGGGUUGGUAUGGGUAUCAUAAACUUGUGGGAUUCAACUAUGUCCAGUUUAGUGCAAGGACUUCUCUCUGGUAUCGCCACGGGAACAUUUCUAUAUGUGACGUUCUUUGAAGUUUUGCCCCAUGAAUUUAAUGCUCAUCAAGACCGUUUGUUAAAGAUUUUGUUUUUAAUCCUGGGUUAUGGAACAGUGACAGGUAUUUUGUUUUUAAGCGGUGAUAUCAAAAAACCUUUUUGUGCGGUGGAGAACGAUUUGAAUACAUAA